CUACUUUCGGCUUUCUACUAAAAACGAAAGUAGAUUCCUUUGGUGGGAUUUCCAAUCUGAUAUCAGUAAAAACACCUCAUUUAUUUGGCAAAAUGUCAUUAGCACUGAGGAGAAUCACCAGCUGUACCAGAUUUACGAGCGGAGAUUCCACCAACUCGGAACUAUUUUGCAGCUGCUUUUGAAGAACCAGAAAGAACUCCACCCACCAAGAAACGUCAUCGUCAUAAAAAUAAGAUGUUUUCUGAUCGCAAGAAACUGACCUUGGGGAAAGGUCGCAUUAAUGUCUGUGUAAUCAAGGGAGAUCUUACACAGGAAAAGGAUUUCAAAUCUCAAUAAAUGUCAAAUGUAAAAAAGUGAAACUUCAGGUGCACAAGCGAAAGAAAAAAAACUUACUAAAACAUUUGGUCUUUUAUUUAUGGCAACAAACCAAUUACCAAAUAGUGCAACACUGCACAAAUGUAGGAGAGGCAACCAACAAAAACUUGGCAAAGGUGGAUGUAAUAGUAUGUACUGCCAACAAGCCUCUUGACCUCAGUAAAGGUCGCGCCUCGAGGACCAUUUUAGAGGCAGCUGGAGACGGCAUGGCAGAUGAGGUAAAGGCUUCGUACCCAGAUGGUAUCGAUUAUGGGGAGGUUGCUGUUGUAAACUCUGGGAAUCUCGCCUGCAAGAAAGUGUACUUUGUUGCCCUGCCCGUGGCUGGGACCGGGGUGUUAGAUGACAACAAGAUGCUUCACAACACUGUGACCAUGUGUCUAGAAAGGGCAGAUCAAAGCAAGUUUGAAUCCUUGUCCAUCCCGGCACUGGGCACAGGCCUUCUGAAGUACACCACCGCAAUCGUUGCCAUGGAAACAAUACAGAGUGUAGAAGACUUCAGCAACAGUAACCCUAGCACCAGCGUCAAAUAUGUCAAUGUUGUUGUGUACUAUCAAGAUGACGACUCCUUUACGGCUUUUGAGGAGGAAGCACGUGGUCGCGCUGGACGACCGAUAAACCUCAAUGGGGUUCUGUCUUCAUCUGGGCCCGUAUUACCCCCGAGGGCAUAUGCAGGGGUCAGGUCUAUCAUGAGGGGUAUCAACUACAGUGGUCCACAAAAGGAUGGUUGCCUAGGAAACAUCAGUGUUAAAGUAGUGACUGGCACACUGGCAAAAUUCAAAGCUGAUGUCCUAGUGAGCAACUGUGGCAAGGAUUUGAAACUAAAGAAUGGAGCCCUGGCGGAGUCCCUGCUUGAGGCCGCAGGAUCUCAACUGCAGGAUGAAUGUGAUCAGAACUACCCAAACGGUAUCCGGCAGGGAGACGUGGCAGUGACCAGCGGGUAUAAUCUAGAUUGUGAAUACGUGUUUCAUGGUUCUCUACCAAACUGGGACAACAAAGGUCUAACGGCUAAAAAGGCACUAUGUCGCUUCAUCGAUAAUUGUCUGAAAGAGGCAGAGCAACGGUCUCUAAGCACGAUGGGGAUUCCCGCUCUUGGGACUGGUUCGAUGAAAUUUCCUGCCAAGGUGAGCGCAGAGCAGACGUUUCAAUGCAUCAGUAAGUUUGUGAACAACUACCCGCAGGGAACCAGCCUCAAGUGUAUCACUAUUAUCGUGUAUGACAGGGCGGCAGACUGUACAUUGGUGAAACAGGCAUUUGAUGAAGCAUUACAACAAACUUUGCAAGAAAAUGUCGAUGAUGAUGAUGCGGGCGACAUAGCCGAUGUUGAGCAGAAGAUGCAAAUGAAGCUUCUUAUGACUGCUGCAAAGAACUCCCUCGAGCGCACAUGUGCGGCUGACCCAGGCACAGAAGAAUGGUUCAAGUUCAUGUACAAGUCCGAGCCCUGUUCUCCAAGCUACUGGACUACGUUCCACAGCAGAAAGACCCUGAAGGACUGGGGCCUUGAGGCCAAAAAGAGGCCCUUUAUUCGUUUGCCUAUUCAAGGUCAAGACUUUCAGGAUGUAGUGAAACUUGUGCAGGACACUUGGGAUGCUCAGCAUGUGGGUCACGGGCGCGAUGCCCAGGGUCUGGGUGGGCUGAACUACACCAAGGUGAAGGUCACAAAAGUUGAACGAAUAGAAAAUUAUGAACUUUUUCAUAAAUAUGCAGUUAAGAGACAGGAAUUGUUUAAAAAAGCAUUAAAUACGGGCAGGCCAUUUAAGUCUGUAGAAACCUUGAAAGGGUCAAAGGGAAAAGUAUUAACAACUAGCAAGAUAGGAAAUAACUCGGUGCUAGCUAACGAGGUGUAUCAUGAAGUAAACGAACAUUAUAUGUUUCAUGGGACAGAUGUGGUGGAUAAAAUAGUGGAACAGGGUCUUGAUUGUAGACUGGCUGGUCAGACUGCCAUGUUUGGACAGGGUGUCUACUGCGCGGAAAGUUCAACAAAAUCAGAUCAAUAUGCAGAUCCAAAAGGUAUGCGGUCACUAACCGACAGGAAGAUGCUGCUGGUGAGGACAUGUCUAGGAGAACCGUUCGUCACUUCCAGCGCAAAGUCAUAUGCGCGACCCCCCUGCAAGUCCUGCUUAGAGGACAAGUGCCACUGUUCCAACAACCAGUUCUAUGACUCAGUCAUUGGAGAUGGGUCGUGGAAUUUCCGUGAAUUUAUCGUAUACAACAUGACUGAUGUAUAUCCAGAGUAUAUUGUCACUUAUAAUCGCGUUUAGUGGCAAUGCAAUUGUAAUUUGUUUUAUUACUGUCUAAGUUUCUUAAGAUGUACCUUAUUUUGUAUGGAAUAUUAAGUAAAUAGUAUUAAGUCAUGCUUUAUUAACACUUCCUUGAACGUUAAGGUAUUUCUGAAUUAAUUUGUGUGUGUGUUUUUCGAUUGCCAUUUUUGCCAUUAUAUUUAUGAAAUAUUUUGUGUUGGUUUUGGUGAAUCAAGAAAAAUGUCAUUAUUUCACAAUAUUUGUCACAUUUCAUGUCAUUUUACACAAUAAGCAUGUUUUCAAUGCUUAAGGAAAUAUCAUAGGGACAAUUGUAUGUUCAUUUGAAAUGGACCUACUGUCUUGCCCACCAAAUAAAUUGUUCCAAAAUCUGUGAAAUUAUUUACAUUUACCGAAAUUUGAUGGACUCAAGUCAGUGUUUUGUUACUUGGAAAAUUAGCUUAAUCGCCUUGACUUAGAAUGCAGGUUAUACUUAUGUAAGGAAUUUGUGCCGUUAUAGCAACAUAACAUUAACCUGGCACUUAGGAACUUUGUUAGCCUAAAUUAUACACCAUGCUAUUUCAUGUAUUUGCAUGUGAUGUUGUUCAUGCACGUUUUGCACGAGUUUUUUGAGGCCAUACAUACAUUAUUCUAGUGGGUAUGCUUCAAUCAAAUUAAACUACUUCCUAGUCAUUCAUAAAGAUUAGCGCCAGAUUAAGAAGUGCGAGCUCUCCAAAUGUCAUCAUUAAUGUCCUUUUAUUUUCCAAUUGUCCUUCGCUUUAAUAAAAAUGCCACUAAAAUUUGUGUCAACUCUCAACUCAUUUUACUGCCAGUUGUAUUUCACUCAAACUUUCUCACCUAUCAAACCUUCAUAUGCAUGUAAGACAUUGACCGAUUUUUUUACU